AUGACUCCUGAUCUACCGGCCGAAGUCGAAUCCACAGCAGAAGCCCGCCGCAUCUCCGAGUUAGCUGAACAUGAUCCGAAUAAUGAAGAAUCUAAGAGUAUCUACAUCACGGUGCGCUCGCACGUCUUUGAAGUCCCCAAAGACAUCGCUAUCAACGCCUCUAGACUCUUUGCCAGAGCAUGGAACGCGAAUUCUCACGCGCGAAGCAUCACUUUUAAAAUCCAAGAUAAGGAUGGCGAGGAUACUGAUAUCGAUUCGGAACACUUUUACGCCAUUGAUGCGAUAGCCCAUCUGGUGGGAUAUAUGUAUGGAAAUGAACUUGGGUGUCCGACGUCUGAUUUUGAGCGACAUACAGGGUGUUUGGUGGCUUGGUGUAAAGUGUAUAAGUAUGCUGCAUAUUUUGAGAUGGAGGCGGCGUGUGAGAGUACGUUGGCUAGGAUUGAGAAAUGUUUGGGGGAGAGGAAGUACUGUCCGGGGAUUCCGACGAGGGAGGAGGUGGGGGAGAUUUAUGGGAUGACGAGGGAGGGUUCGGGGGUUAGAGAGGCUUUGGUUGAUGCGAUGGCGAAGAUGGGGAGAUUGUGGGAUGUGUUGGGUGAGGAUCAUAUAGGGGAUACGAAAAGUUAUGUGGAGAAUUGGCGGAGGAGUUCGAGUGUGCUGAGAGAGUUUCAGGAAGCUGUUUGGAUGAGGAUUGGGGAGGGGGAGGAGGAGAGAAUGGAGAGGAUUCGAGAAGCUAGGAAUGAUUGA